GUCGCGGGCGCAGCGCGUGUGCCGCCUCUACCACGACACCCACUUCCGGUCUAAGUUACUGAACGUUACAGUUAGUGAGUGCUUAAGUGACUAUUUAUUAUUUUAUAUUAACGAUAAUAUCCUGACCACGAAAAAAAAAUCCUAGAAUGGCUACAAUGUUAGUAAAUUCAACACAAACUGUGAUAAAAGAUACAUAUGAUUAUUACUUAUGGACACUAUCACUUUCAGAUAACAGAACGAAAGGAUGGCCACUCGUGGACUCUCCAUUACCAACAGUAUUGUACACACUUCUAUACCUAUUUAUCGUGUGGAUUGGCCCUAAGUUAAUGAAGAAUCGACAACCGUUCCAAUUGACGUGGCUACUUGUACCCUACAACUUGGCGAUGGCCGCCCUUAACGCGUAUAUCGCAGUUAGGUUACUUACUGCAUCAUUUAGAUUGAGGUAUAGCUACAUAUGUGAGCCUUGUCGACAAAAAUAUGAUCCCGAUGAAUUACAAAUAGCAGACGCAGUUUGGUGGUACUACUUCUCGAAGCUUCUAGAAUUCUGUGACACGUUCUUCUUUAUUUUAAGAAAGAAGGAUGAACAGCUAACGUUCCUUCAUGUUUAUCACCACUCUACAAUGUUCAGUUUUUGGUGGAUUGGCAUUAAAUGGGUACCAAGUGGGUCAACAUUCCUCCCCGCGAUGGUAAACAGCGGCAUCCACGUACUGAUGUAUACUUACUACGGCCUUUCAGUAUUCGGACCUUCCGUCAGCAAAUACCUAUGGUGGAAGAAAUACCUCACUAUUUUACAGCUGAUUCAGUUCACUUGUGCCCUCGUCCUUGGAGUAAACGGCAUCCGUACUGGCUGCGAGUUCCCGCUUUGGAUGCAUUAUGUGCUUAUUAUCUACAUGAUCUCGUUUAUCGUGCUGUUCGGAAACUUCUACAUGAAAGCAUACAUCGCUAAGGGAAGUAAAUGUAUGGAGGUGAGGUACGGUCAAUGCUUGGACGAUGAAGAUACCACGCUACGUAAGAAGUUGAAUUAGUUUUUAAUUGUUUUCAUAAGUAAAAAUGUAAUUUAU